AUGGAUCAGAUGGAGUCAUCCGAACCUCAAAUUGAGGCAAAUCAUGGGGACUCAGUCCCUGAUGUUCGUGCCAUGGGAGAUGAACAAGAGUCCCAAGAGGUUUGGCGGCAACGUUGCGGCAUCAAAACCGAUAAGCAAAUUCGCUUGGUCAAGCUCGUUCACAUGCGGUACCAGCAUCCCGAUCUUGAGUUGAUCACCACCUUCCUUCACGGGUUACCCUCAGCCAGUGAGAUCCAGGAACUAACUGAAGCCCCCGGCGGUGGCUACCUUGUGACUUUAACUGAUCCCGAUGGGUUUCCUAUCAACUUGAUCUGGGGACAGUCGCCAUCUAGCUCCCUUGAGGACCCUCCGAAACUUAUCUACAACUUUGAGAACGAAAAGCCUCGAGUCCGCAAAUUUCAAAGAUUCACUCCUGGCCCUGCUGCCGUGCACAAGCUUGGACAUUAUGGGCUCUGUACCCAGAAUUUCGAAGCACUCGUGGAUUUCUACACAACCACUUUCAACAUAGUGCCCUCUGACUUCAUGUACACGGAGAAGGAAGGGCAAAAGCAGAAUGUUGCAAUGUUCGCGCACAUCGACCGUGGGGAGGACUAUGUGGAUCACCAUAGCAUAUUCCUCAACGCCAACGAUACUCCGCAUGUUCAUCAUUGCUCGUUUGAAGUGCAUGACUUUGAUACUCAAAAAUUAGGUCAUCAAUGGCUUGCCGAGAAAGGUUACGAGUCCGUAUGGGGAGUUGGUCGUCACAUUCUCGGAUCUCAAAUUUUCGAUUACUGGUGGGACACCACUGGGAACAUGAUUGAACACUACGCAGAUGGUGACAUCGUCAACUGUAAAACACCGGUCGGUUAUGGUUUGUCUGGUGACGCGUCUUUGGCUGUGUGGGGUCCCGAGGUGCCAGCGGCAUUUUUGCAAUGA